GCUGUCUUUACAAACCUUGGUAAGAGUGGAACAAAGGGUCCAGACUCAGUUGGCAGUCACUACACAGGUCAGGAUCAUGACGGACAAGUUACAGUGUCCAACGGUACUCAACUGUGGACUGUGCCACACACUGGUGAAUACAAAAUAGAAACAAUAGGAGCCUCAGGGGGGUACAGUAAGGACAGUGUUAUCAACGGAGGGAGAGGGGCGCGGAUGAUUGGAAACUUUAUGUUGACCAAAGAUGAGAUCAUUCGUAUACUUGUUGGUCAGAGAGGGAGAGGAACUUACAAAAAUUCUACCAAAAAAACUGCCGGAGGCGGAGGAGGUACAUUUGUAGUAAGAGGAGACAACAAGCCUUUGAUCAUAGCCGGAGGUGGAGGAGGAGUUGCUAAAAUGACAGAACAACAUUCAGGAUGUGAUGCGUCCAUAAACACAACAGGAAAUGCAGGGUAUAACUCGCCAUUCCUGUCAGGAGGAAGUAACGGAAAUGGAGGACAAACUGAUAAACCGUACUCUGGUGGCGGUGGCGGCGGCUUUUACAGUAAUGGAGAAGACUCACAGAAAUCUUUUGGAGGGGGAAAGGGAGGUAAAGGAUUUCUGAACGGGGGAGAGGGGGGAGCAUAUUGGGGUGGGUUCGGAGGUGGGGGUGGAUAUCGUGGAGUCCGUGAGUUACCUGGGGGAGGGGGAGGGUACUCCGGGGGAAGUGGAGGUGCGAAUAAAAAUAUUUCCUGUGGGGGAGGGGGAGGUUCUUUCAACAACGGAACAAAUCAGCAAAAUGAAUGUUGUUAUAAUACUGCUGGACAUGGUAAAGUGAUCAUAACAUUUCUCCACUGA